AUGGCUUUCCUGCAGGAUGGGAACUACACUGCAGUGACAGAGUUCAUUUUAUUGGGAUUAACUGAUGACCCAGUCCUCAGAAUUGUCCUCUUCACCAUUAUCCUGUGUAUCUACCUGGUGACUGUUUCUGGAAACCUCAGCACCAUCCUUCUCAUCAGAGUCUCUUCCCAGCUUCAUCAUCCCAUGUACUUUUUUCUCAGUCACUUGGCUUCUGUUGACAUAGGCAUUUCAUCUUCUGUCACACCCAAUAUGCUUGUCAACUUCUUAUUGGACAGAAAUAGUAUCUCCUAUAUUGGAUGUGGCAUCCAGCUUGGUUCAGCUGAUUUCAUUGCAUCAGUUGAAUGCUUUCUUCUGGCUGCUAUGGCUUAUGAUCGCUUCAUGGCAAUCUGCAACCCACUGCUUUAUUCCGCCAAAAUGUCCACACAAGUCUGUAUCCAGCUGGUUGUGGGAUCUUAUACAGGGGGUUUUUUUAAUGCUUCCCUAAUUGUAAUGGUUUACUUUUUUUCUUUUCUCUUCUGUGGACCAAAUAUAGUUGAUCAUUUUUUCUGUGAUUUUGCUCCUUUAGUGGAACUCUCCUGUUCUGAUGUCAGUGACUCUGUACUUCUUAUCUCAUUUUCUGCUGGCUCAGUCACUAUUAUCACAGUGUUCAUCAUAGCCGUUUCCUAUUCCUAUAUCCUCAUCACCAUCCUGAAGAUACACUCCACUGAGGGUCGCCAUAAGGCCUUCUCCACAUGCACCUCCCAUCUCACUGCAGUCACUCUCUACUAUGGAACUGUCACCUUCAUUUAUGUGAUGCCCAAGUCUAACUAUUCUACUGAUCAGAACAAGGUGGUGUCUGUGUUCUACAUGGUGGUGGUCCCCAUGUUGAACCCGCUCAUCUACAGUCUCAGCAACAAUGAGAUUAAAGGUGCUCUGAAGAGACAGCUUGGUAUGAAAACAGUUUCUUAG